ACGAGUGAAGUACUUUUCGCAAACCUAGUAGACGAGCUGAACGGAACUGACCGUAGCGGAGCAUCGAGGUGUUCUCCGACGCCGACUCCGACGCCGACGCCGACGCGGUCUUCAUCUCUAUAGUCGCCUGAAGCUCCGUGAUACUACAAUGUGUUGAUGGUAUGAUCAGAUAGUUUAUCAGAGUAAUUGAACUCAUCAACAUCUCAAGCUUCUGUUUGCAGUUCAUCUGUUAGAAUACUAUCAAUGUCUUCAAAUGUUGCAUCAACUGCAGCUGUGGAUGCUCCUUCAGAGAGCAGAGAUGACAUUCAGAAUCAGUUGGGCCAUGGACCUUCCCAAACAACAGUUGGUUCCAGUUCCACAACAUAUUCACUGUCACAUAAUGUGCAAGCUUCUACUAACAACAAUCUGGUUGCUUUGUCAAAUUCACCAAAACCGUUUCUCCAUCCACCUCUUCAUGGACUUUCUGCUGCUACUGGACCUUCAUUCUCAUACAACAUUCCGAAUGCUGGGAUUUCUCUGCCAAGUGGACAACAAUUGCAAUCUAGCACAAGUUCGUCAGCUGAUGUUGUGCAAGAAACUUCAUUUCCACUUUCAUCCGUUUCUCAACCUAUUUCCUCACUUGUUCAUGCUACUUUGAGUUCUUCAUUAGCCACGACUUCUAUUCCUAAAAUCGUCACAACUGGUUUCCAGAGCAAUGUUGUCUCAUCUUAUCACAUGCCACAAGGAAUGGCUACAACUCCUCCAACACCUGGCCCUCCUGGGAUUUCUUCUUCUAUUCCAUUAAAAUCUAAUGUGAAUGUCUUGCCAACAACCAUUUUCCCAUCACAUCCAUCUUAUCAUCAGGCAUACGCUUCCUAUCCAUCUAUACCUCCUGUGGUAGCUCCCUCUCAUGAAAUUUGGUUCCCUUCCCCGCAGGGUGGUUUGCCAAGACCACCUUUGUACCCAUAUUCUGCUCCCUUGCCUGGUCCGUAUGCUUUUCAACAUCCUGGAAUGUCUCUUUCUGCCUCCUUACCUGAUAUGCGACCUAUGGGAAAUACUCCUAUGGGAACUUCUGGAGGAAUCCCAAUACCUUCGGGUGCUUCUGGGGCUCAGUUUGCUACUUUUUCAGUAAUACAACAAGAUAUGCCUCCUGUAGCUUAUGAAAAACUUCUGAAUAAUGUAAACAAGGAUGGGCCAGCAAUCAGGGAAGAAUUGAAUGCUUGGACAGCCCACAGGACUGAAGCAGGAGUUGUGUACUACUACAAUGCUUUAACUGGAGAAUCUACUUAUGGAAAACCUGCGGGCUUUAAAGGCGAGCCUGAAAAAGUAACUGCACAGACUACUCCAGUUUCAUGGGAAAAGUUGUCCGGCACAGAUUGGACCCUAGUUAUCACAAAUGACGGCAAGAAGUACUACCAUAAUACUAAAACUCAGUUGAGCAGCUGGCAGAUUCCACAUGAGUUGACAGAGUUGAGUAGAAAGCAGGCUGGUGAUAUUGUGAUGGAAGAGUCUAUCUCCUUGCCAAAUAAUAGUGUAGUAACAGAUAAGGAAUCUCCAGUUAGUUUGAACGCUCCUGCUAUUCAUUCAGGUGGUCGUGAUGCCACAAGUCUCAGAAGUCCCAGCGUAUCAGCAUCGUCUGCAUUGGAUUUGAUCAAGAGGAAGUUACAAGACUCUGUAGUCCCAGCUUCUUCCUCACCUGUUUUGCCUAUGUCAGGAUCAGUGAGUUCUGAAACAAAUGGCUUAAAAGCUUCUGAGACUGCAAGUAAAGGCCAUUUAAGUGAUAAUAACAAGGAAAAGCAUGGUGAUGAAGGCAAUAUAUCUGAAUCGUCGUCAGAUUCUGAGGACAAUGAAAGUGGACCAACAAAGGAGGAAUCCUUCAUUCAAUUCAAAGAAAUGCUGAAGGAACGAGGUGUGGCACCAUUCUCUAAAUGGGAGAAGGAAUUGCCAAAGAUAGUCUUUGAUCCACGCUUCAAGGCAAUACCAAAUUACAAUACCCGGAGAACACUUUUUGAACAUUAUGUUCGUACGCGUGCUGAAGAAGAAAGGAAGGAGAAAAGAGCUGCUCAAAAGGCUGCAAUAGACGGGUUCAAGCAGUUAUUGGAGGAAGCUAAAGAGGAUAUUGAUCUGAACACAAAUUAUCAAAUGUUCAGAAAGAAGUGGGGCAACGAUCCACGAUUUGAGACAUUAGAUCGCAAAGAUCGAGAAUCGUUGCUGAAUGAAAGGGUCCUAUCUUUAAGGAAAGCUGCUGAACAAAAGGCUAUAGCACUGCGUGCUGCUGUCUCAUUUGAUUUCAAAGCUAUGCUUAAGGAGAAAGGAGAUAUCAUUACAAAUUCUCGCUGGUCUAAGGUGAAAGAUGACCUCAAGGAUGAUCCCAGAUGCAAAUCUGUUAAACGUGAGGAUAGGGAAAUUUUAUUUAAUGAAUUCUUAUCUGAAUUGAAGGCUGCUGAAGAAGAAGUGUCACGGGCAUCAAAGGCCAAAUAUGAAGAACAUGAGAAACUGAAGGAACGAGAGCGAGAGACGCGGAAGCGUAAAGAAAGAGAGGAGCAGGAAGUUGAAAGGGUGAGAUCUAAAGCUCGCAGAAAAGAAGCUGUUGAAUCUUAUCAAGCUCUACUGGUAGAAACAUUAAAGGACCCUAAGGCCACUUGGACAGAAUCAAAACCCAAACUAGACAAAGAUCCACAAGGACGUUCAUCAAAUCCAUAUUUAGACUCGUCUGAUCUGGAGAAACUUUUCCGUGAACAUGUGAAGGUACUUCAUGAGCGGUGUAUGAAUGACUUUAGGGCACUUUUAGCGGAGACUCUAACAGUUGAAGCAGGCAGUCGAGUGAGUGAAGAUGGAAAGACGGUUUUGAAUUCAUGGUCAACAGCUAAACGGAUUAUGAAAAGCGAUCCAAGGUAUGUAAAGAUGGCAAGGAAAGAUAGGGAAUUGUUGUGGCAAAAACACGUAGAAGAUAUAAAUAGGAGGAAAAAGUCGGGUCCAGAUGAAGAGGAAGAGAAGAACGGUGGAUCCGAACCUAAAGGAAGAUCCCUUGAUAGCGGAAAAAGUAUCUCGGGUAGGAGAAUUCAGCAGCGGAGUUGACAUUUUUCAAUUCCUAACUGGAUAAUUAAUACUCUUAAUAUUCUUGUAGAAUUUGACAGCAUAACCUAUUUUCCUUUUAUCUGGAUGUCUUGAUAUGUCAUUAUGAAGCUUUUAAUUAACAUUUGCUAAUCAUAUCAUUAGGAGUCUCU